CUCAAGCUCACACUUGCAUGUAGUACAUUUGUAGCCUUCUCUUGCCAGCAAGAGAAGAAGGCUAGCUCGAGAGUGCCUCCUCGUCUCGCAGCUCAUAUGCGCUAGCAAGUGCCAAGAAACACAGCUCGGGCGCCGGCGGUCGCGAUGCCGGCGGCGACAGGGACGGCGACGGCAAUGGCGGUGCCGCCGCACUCCUCCAUCUGCUCGCUCAUCGCCUUCCUGCACCACCACAUCCGCGCGCUCCUCGCCGACCGGGACGCGCUGCUCGCCGCGCGCGCCCGGUGCAUGGGGCUGCUCGACGGCCCGCCGGGCGGCGCCGGCGCGUCGCGCGGCGAAGACGGCGGCGACGGCGAGGACGACGUCCUCGCGGCGCUCCGGCACGCCGCGGACACGCUGACCGGCGCCGGCGGCGAAGCGGACGGCCUCGACGGGGCGGAGGCGGCGCUGCAGGGGCCGGCGCUGCUGCCGGAGGACGGCGAGACGGGCGGCGUGGACAACCGUCGCGUCGCGGCGUGCGCCUACUUCUACCUCGCCCUGGUGCGCGCAGCGCAGGGGGACGCGUGGCAGAUGGCCAUGCACUUCCUCCAGGCCGUCGUCGUGUCCCCCGGCGCGGUGGCCGGCGCCGGCGCCGGCGGCCUCGCGCCCCGCGCGCUCUGGGACGGGCUGUUCGACGAGGCCGUGCUGGCGCGCGCCGGCGGCGGCGGCGCGAGCGAGGAGGACGCCGCGCGGCGGGCGGCGAGGCGGUACAAGGACUGGCUCAUGUACUACAAGGUGGUCGCAGGCGCCCCGGCGAGCGGCAGCGGCGGCGGGUGCAUUCAGUUUGGAAGGUCUGUGAGCUCUGCCAUUCCGAAAUGGCCGGAUUUUUCAGAGGGUGGGACAAUCCACUCUGGUGAUCAUGAAGGAGAGUGCAGAGCCUCCAACUCCAACUGUGGCGAUCAUGAUGGCUUCGCUGAGCUGAAGGAUUUUCUCAACUGUGAUGAUCAAGAGCUUCAAGAAGAUACCAAAGGGAGCUCUGACAGCAGGUGCCUACACGAAAUGCUUGAGGAGUACCAGUCGGAUUCACCUGUUUCCUUCUACUCACACCUUGAUUCUAGUGAAGAGAGCGACAAUGAGGAAGUUUCACAUGACAAAGGGAGGUCAGCAAAGGUUAUGCCUAUCGACACAGAUUUCUUGUCAACUAAAUUCCAUGGAAGAUCAAUUCAGAAUAAGAAUCUGACAUGGUGCACCUCUCCUGAAAAUGCAAUGAUCUACACUCCUGAAUCUCCACUCUACCAAGUUGAUGACUAUGAGAUGAAACCAAACAAUGUAAAAUCAAGCAGAUCGCAGGGCUCACUCAAUAGUCUAUCAAAUUCAGUCCUAAAUAUAAAUAAAGUGGACUCAUACUCAACAUCCAACUAUUUCAACAAGGAGGGCAUGUUUCCACAAUGCACGCCAAAGCAUGAUCUCAGAUGCUUCAGCCACUUCUCAACAAAAUUUAUGAAGAGAAGUGCUCUAUCUGACAUAGUCUCCCGAGGGAGCAUGAGCAGGAAAUUCAAGGCUUUCUCACAGAGUGACGAGUGGAGCGAUGUCAGCUCACGCUGGGGGAAGGAAAGCCAGGUAGAUUUUCUUGAGAGGUUUGAGAAGGCGGUAUCGAAAUUAUUGGUUUCAGAUGAGCUAGAAAGCUACCUGGAUGCAGGUUCGGAAGUUACAACCAUAUGGCACUUGCUGAAUAAUUCUUCUGACGUGAGACACAAGUCAUCAGCACGGCAAGAAAUCCUUGACCAACUUCUUGACAGCAUUUCCACAUCUAACAAGGACAAGGUGAUCAGGGCAUCAGUCUAUGUUCUCCUGCUUAUGAUAUCCGAAGAUAGGAAUGUAAUGAGAGGCAUCAAGAGGAAGGAGUUCCAUUUAUCCAAUCUAGCCAGCGCAUUGAAGAGAGGUGUGCAGGAGGCAGCCAUUUUGAUAUACUUGUUGGAUCCUUCACCUUUACAGAUCAAGAACUUAGAUCUGUUACCUUCACUUCUACAUGUUGCCUGUAAUUCAGACACCAAAAAAUGGCCUGCAUUGCUUCCACUGACGCCAACAUCGGCAUCAAUAGCUCUCAUUGAGAUCUUGGUGACAGCAUUCGACUAUGUGACAAACAAUGUCCACUUAGGUGCCAUCAGCUGUCCUCAUAUUUUAUCUAAGCUUGUUGAUGUUGCAAAGAAUAACAACCUGGAGGAAGGUGUGGCGCUGGCAGCUAUUCUCGUCAGGUGCGUAAGGCUUAAUGGGAACUGCAAGAAGUUCUUAUCACAGGCUACUCCAGUGGAGCCAUUCCUUCACCUUGUUAGACGAAAAGAACACCGUGCCAAGUGUGCCGCACUUGAAUAUUUCCAUGAGAUUCUUCAAAUCCCUCGGUCUGCAGCGAACUCCCUGUUGCAAGAAAUAAAGCAGCUAGGAGGCAUUUCUAUCAUGCAUACAUUGAUGGCCUGUCUCCAUCAAACUGAACGUGAACACAGGGUUUUAGCAGCUAAUCUUCUUCUCCAAUUGGAUAUGCUGGACAAACCAGAUUGUAAAAGUGUGUUCAGGGACGAAGCAAUGGAAGUCCUGUUGGAUUCAUUAUCAUCCCAAGAAAACUGCAGUGUGCAGGCAUUAGCAGCAUCUUUCCUUUCUAAUCUAGGAGGGACUUAUUCCUGGUCAGGGGAAUCAUAUACUGCUGCAUGGCUCGCAAAGAAAGCAGGACUAACAUCAACAGCCCACAGAAAUAUGAUCAGAAAUAUUGACUGGGUUGAUCCUUGCCUGCAGGACACAGAAAUAGGUCCAUGGAGCAGUAAAUCUGCACGAACAAUUAUGAGAAUAGGAGUACCAGUUCUUCGUGCUUUGGCCAAAGGAAUGCAAAGCAAGGUGAAGGGAACCUCACAUGAUUGCCUUGUAUGUGCUGCAUGGCUUGGAAGCGAGCUGGCUGCUCUUGGUGAAAAUGACAUGAGAUAUUCUGCUUGUGAGAUCUUGUUACAUGAUAUAGCCAGCCACUUGCACCCAGGGUUUGAGCUUGAUGAACGGGUUCUAGCAUGCAUGUGUCUCUAUACUUACACCUCUGGAAAAGGGAAGCAAAAGUUGAUGGGUUUGUCAGAGGGUUCCCGAGAAUCUCUAAGGAGGCUGUCAUCAUUCACAUGGAUGGCUGAAGAGUUACUUCAAGUUACAGAUUAUUAUCUUCCCAGCAAGCCACGUGUAUCAUGUGUGCACACACAGAUACUGGAAAUCGGUCAACCUGGCAAUGGAGCAGCAACUGCUAUAAUAUUCUUUGGAGGGCAGCUCUUUGUUGGCUAUUCUAGUGGCACCAUCAGGGCAUGGGAUAUAAAAGGCCAAAGAGCAGUAGUUAUAAGAGAGGUUACAGAGCACAAGAAAGCAGUUACAUGUUUCGCACUAUCAGAAACUGGGGACAAUCUCUUGAGCGGGUCAGCUGACAAGUCUAUUAGGGUAUGGAAAAUGGCACAACGCAAGCUCGAAUGUGUAGAGGUGAUUCAAAUAAGAGAAGCAGUGCAGAAAUUUGAAAAUUACAAUGACAAAAUCAUUAUACUUACACCGAACAACGUUCUUAAGUUCUCUUCCUCAUCAAGAAGCACCCAAGCAUUUUACAAGAGCAAGCAUGUCAAAUCUCUAGCUGUAGCUCAUGGCAAAGCUUAUCUUGGUUGCACAGACUUGAGUAUACAGGAAUUAGACAUAACAGUGGGGUCAAAGAUUGAGGUAAGAGCACCAACAAGAAGCUGGAGAAUUAGGAAACAACCCAUUAGCUCUAUCUCGAUAUAUAAAGAUUGGAUGUAUUGUGCUGGUACUCAAGUGGAGGGAUCCACCAUAAAGGACUGGAAGAAGCGAUGUAAACCUACAAUGACGAUGGCAAUAUCAAAGGGAACAAAUGUAGAGGCAAUGGCAGUGGUGGAAGACUUUAUCUACCUGAACUGCGACAAAAGUCCUAGUAUCAUUCAGAUAUGGUUGAGAGGGAAUCAGCAGAAAGUAGGGAGGCUAUCUGCAGGGAGCAAGAUCACAAGCAUCUUCACCGCAAAUGACAUUGUCUUCUGCGGAACUGAAACCGGGUUAAUCAAGGCAUGGAUCCCUUUCUGAAAAAAACCCACAGGAGAAUAGACCAGAAAGAGGCUCAAUUAUGUAAAUGGCUAAACGCAAAAUGAGAGUAUGUAUGUACAGCAGAAGAACAAAUAACAGGUAAAAAGAAAAAGAAAGACAUACCCUUGUACAAGAAAGGCGGUCGCCCCCCUCUGGAGGAGAAAUCAGCGUGCAUAAACUCCCAUGAUCACCAAUUUCUACAGAGCAAUGACUAGCAUUACUAGCAGCAGCAGCAGAGGCUCCGCAAUGUAAAUAUAGAUAUAGAUAGAUCGUGUCGUGUGCUUUCCUUUUUCUCUUUGAAAUGACAGUGAAUGCGUAUGUUAACACCUGAGUAAACUGACAUUGCCUCCCCCUAUAGAAAUAUAAGAACUGCCAAUCUGCC